AUGAGUCAGCGCAUGGAUGAGCCAGCAGUCCGCAACUGGACGUCUGAAUCAGAUAGCGAGAAGCGGAUGGAAGAGCAGAGGCCGUCUGGAACGCAGGCCGACCCCGGGCUCAGUCGCGGUCUGACGCAGCGCCCGAAUCCCCCGGGGCGCCCGCCUUACCCCGAGAGCCGAGCAGUUUCGGCUCACUCUCCUGGACACACGGAUCAGCAAAUUGGAUCAAUGCUCAUGAUUAAAUUGAAAUUUAUGAUACAGACGAGCAAAGCAGCCGCAGUCUUUGAACACAUUUACGCGGAAUUUACCAAAUCGCAUAUUUGGCGUGACUCGCCUCGGCUGCUGCAGGCGACGGGGUUAUUGAGCUGCUCUUUAGCAUCAGAUAUUCAACAUUUGUGUAACACAUUCAUAUUCUCCCUAAAAUGUCGAGCUGGGAGACUUCCCCACACCAUUAGUAAGAGUACGAAAUCUAGUGGCAUGAUUGUGAACAUUACGGGAAAGCAGUGUAGCGUCUUCAAGUACGGCAUACAUGGCAACAGCGUCUUCACAGUACGGGAAAAGCACUACAAUGGCAACAGCGUCUUCACACGUCUUCCAUUCAUGGCACGUCGACGGGAAAGCACUACAUGGCAACAGGUCUUCACAUUACGGAAAGCACUACAUGGCAACAGCGUCUCACAGUACGGUAAAGCACUACAUGGCAAACAGCGUCUUUCACAGUACGCCCAGGCUAGGCGCGUGGGCGUCGUGAUCGUGGGCGGAGGUCUGGCCGGCCUGGCUGCAGCCAAGACCCUCUCGGACUACGGCUACAACGACUACGUUCUCCUGGAGGCGCAGGAUCACCUGGGGGGCCGCGUGCGCACCGUCAGGGAAGGCUCCAUCAGGGUCGAGGAGGGCGCCGAGUGGAUUCACGGAGGCUGGCGGAACCCUGUGUACCGCAUCGCACGGGAGAUCGGGGCCGCGGAUCCUCUUCUGCCGGACGACCACUUUGAGUGGCGCAUAGUGACCCAGGAUGGCGCUCCGGUCAACGAAUCCUACGGCGACGUUUUAGAGGAAAUGAGGGACAUCUGCGAGAGGUCAGAGCAUGGCCUCCUGCCCUACUAUGACCUCCCUUACGGCCUGUGUUAUCUGAACAGAUUUCACCAGAAGUAUGAGCCGAUGAAGAACGCUGGCCUCAGGAGAGGCUUACUCCAUCACAUGGAACAGACGGCGAACGGCGAGGAGGGGACCGAGGACUGGCUCCACAUCGGAUCCCGUGUGCGUGACAGGUACCCGGAGUUCGGUCCCAAUCACCAGUGGAAGAAUGGCUUCGAUGCGAUCGUCCAUUAUUAUAAUGUAAUUGUUGGGGUGGGAUAUAGUGUUUUUAUUGUGUAUAGUCCUCCAGCCACCAACGUCAAGCUCAGCAGCCCAGUGUGCCGGAUCCUGUGGGACGAGAAGGACGACCGGGUCCUUGUGGUGACGAGGAAGGGCGACUCCUACCUCGCCGCCCACGCCGUCGUCACCUUCUCCUUCGGCCACCUAAAGGAGAGACACACCAAGAUCUUCGAGCCGCCGCUGCCAAAGUCCUUUACUAAAUAUCUAGGAUACGCUGACUUGGGCAUCGCCGACAAGGUCCAGCUCGGUUGGGAGACCCCGUGGUGGGGCGACAAACCUCUCAGCCUCGACAUCAUCUGGACCUCCAGGGACAUUCCUCAGGACAGGCUGUGGCUCUACGACAUCGUGAACAUAGAGAGCCCACACCGAGCGCCCAACGUCCUACAGGUGUUCCUCGUGGGAAAAGACGCCGUCACGAUGGAAAACCUGCCCGAAGAGACGGUUCUAGAACACAUGAUGUACUUCCUCAGGAGACUCACGCGCACAGAGGUCCCAAAACCCAUUUUCUUCCACAGAACAACGUGGUACAACAACCCAUGGACGCGCGGAGCCUACGAGACCUACAUCACCUUCUGGGGCGAGCAACAGGGCAUGGAGAGUCACGACCUGCUGGCCAUCCCGAUCGCCAAUUCCAACGGCGCUGAGGUGCUGGCGUGGGCGGGCGAGCACACCCACAACGCGCGCUUCGGGACGACCGACGGCGCCAUAGCCACGGGCGAGCGGGAAGGCUACAGGAUUCUCGACUUGCUCGAAGCGAAGAAGCUCUAAGAGCGAAGAUUUUCCCCAUUUGUCUUUCUUUCGUUAUGUGGUGUGCCUUCUUUAUUUCUCUCUUCGGCAAUACAUCGAUUUAUUUCUUUUUUCUGAUGCCUGUGACGACCGCCAUGGAAUAUAUUUCUUGCCUUUCAUCGUUUGCUUCUUAUUCCAAGAUCUUGCCAUUCUUGGUCUAUGAGGAAGGAUGAAGGAGUUAGGCGAGAUAGUCCAGACAUCUGUCUCUGUAUCUUUCAUCUCUGUCUCUUUCUUCAUUAUGAGAAAGGGAGAUAAAACGAAAGGGGAACUGAAAAGAACAACAAAAAUAAGUGCUGGCAUUUUGUAGGUAAAUAAAACAUUUGUCCUGCAAGCAAAGAAGCAAAAUUGUUUAAUUUAGAGACGAUGAGUGCUAGAAAAUUAGCAUUUAUGAUUAAGAAAAAAAUGAA